UUUUGAAUGUUUUAGAAGUCUAUAGAAAAUGUUGUUUAUCUUGCCGUUAUGAUUUUUGUGCAACAUUGUGAACAAAGAAGAUCUGUGCGCCAUAUUGUCAAAUUUUAUUGAGUUUUUCGUUAAAAUAAAAAGCAAUGCAUUGUUGAUACAUAAAUGUAAGAAGAAUUCAAAAGAAGCUUAAACUAUUUCGCAGGUUUUUUUGUGUGAUGAUUUCCAAUGGAGAAAACAAUGAAAGUAAAACUUUAAUAAAAGCGUUAUCGCUAUGGCAAACAAAAAGCUUAAAACCAACGAAGAAGUGCCCAAGGGAAGAAUCUAUAACGAUGCUGUUUGGUAAACCUAUAUCUAAAGUAGUACCGAAUUCUAUUGAAGAUAUAACAAUAACUUCCCAAAAACUUUGUGAAGAUUAUAUUGAAGCAAGACUGGGGAGGUCGGGAAUUAAAGAAUACAAUGACUCCUGUCAGAAUGCAGAAGAACUGUACGAUGUUGUAAAAAAUAUGGGAUUAAUUCUUGAAAUGAAAUAUCCAAAACUAUUUAACAAAAUAUCUGUACAUUUAAACUUAAACUAUGAAAGUGAGAUUGUUGUUUGGGAUUCGUUUAAUAAAUUCGGAACACAACUAUUUUCGGAAAGCAUAACUUGGGCAAAAAUAAUCGCUUUUUUUGCAUUUACUGGUGGACUAGCCUUAGAUGUUAUGCGCCAUAGAAAAAAUGAUCUUAUCGGGAGAAUAAUAUAUUGGUUUAGUGUUUUUGUCAAUAAAAAACUUUCAAUUUGGAUUCAAACGCAAGGGGGUUGGAAAAGUAUUGUUGAUCACUUUACUGCUGGAAAUGAGAACAACUACCAGCAAGAUGAAAGAGAAACACGCUUUAAAUGGUUACUUGAAUAUAUAGAAGACCGUAGAUGGUUUCAAGAUCAUAGAUAUUUAAUUUUAGUUGUAUUUUUAUUUAUAUUUACAAACUUGUCAAUUUUAUUGUAUUAUAAAAUGUGCCAGCAUUUUUUUAAAUAUUAAUUUAUCUGUAUAUUACACCUGUAUAUAAAUAUAUAUUUUUUCAGAAAUAUUUAAAAAUUAGAACUACUAAAAACUUAUAAAGAUAACAUGUUAGAACCAAGCACUCGUUGUUUAACUUUAAUUUAUGUUAACUUUAAGUUACUUUAUGUUUGUUUAUGCUGUUAUAUGUCAGUUUAUAUUAGUUAAUGUGAUUUAUGUUGAAUUAUUUUUUAAAAUGUAAAUACAAGACAUAAAUUCGUGAUAGUCAUGCAAAGAUUUUGAUAGGUAUUUUGUUUAUUCUAAGAACCAAAUUUUGAAAAGAAAAUAU